AUGGAAACCAUUAGAACAUCACAGCCCAAAAUUGCUUGCAUCAGUGAUAAUCCUCUCCACACGUCGCUAUUUCCGCCCUACCAGAAUUCCAGCAUCGAGUUUUCUUUCUUGUUGAAUUCGUGUCUUGAUGUAUUCGAGAUUCGACAAAAGCAAACUUCAGUUGACCAAGACCUAGGCCUUUUACAUGCUAUUGAUGAGCGACUGGCGGCGUAUGGCUGGCUAACUACAACUGGAGUGAAGCUGCUGGUUAUAGUGGAUUUGAUGGGGCAAGCAGAGACUUUUGAAACUGGAAAUCAGAAAGUGCCUCCAAGGAACGACUUAAAGGAAUCGGACUUGAGACCGGUCUUCCGAGCCUUGCAACUGGCUUAUAUUCAGCUUUUACAGAAUCCAUUCUACUCGCCAAAUGUUUACACCCCUAUAGUGCGAGCAGCUGGCUCUGCCUACGAUUCUCUACCCAUCACAGAUCCAAAAUUCACUAGAGAAGUAAAACGUAUUGGCGAUUCCUGGGGACGAGGCUCAGCUUUGCUAUAG